AUGGGGGAGAGUAUACCUGGAGGAAUAGUUGCUGCUGCAAAGAACCGUCUGCAGGUGGUGAAGGGCUUGGAGGAUGUAGAGGUGUGUGAAUGUGAAAGCUGUCCCUUUGAGGUGACCCUGAACCUGUCCUACAUCGAGGGUGUGUGGACCAGAGAUGGGAUGCAGCUGAAGUCCAAGCCUAACUGCCGAAUCAGCACACACGGGAAGAAACACUCGCUCAUACUGAAGAGGGUGGCUCUGGCAGACGCAGGCCUGUUCUCUUUUGAGGCCAACGGCAUCCAGACCUCAGGCAGACUUACUGUCAGAGCAAGGGACAUCCACAUAGUGAAGGAGCUGGAGGAUGUCGACACAGUGGAGCGUCAGCUUGUGAACUUCCUGUGUGAGGUCAACCAGGUAGACUUGGAUGGUCGGUGGUACAGAGAUGACUGCCGAAUUCGACCUGGGGACAACAUCAAAAUAAGACAUCAAGGUAAAUCUCACACCCUGAUGUUCAAGUCAGUCAGGCCAGCGCAUGCCGGAGAGAUCAGAUUCACUGCAGAGCGUGUUUCAUCCUAUGCAACUCUCACAGUACAAGAGCUCCCAGUCCAAAUACUGCGUCCUCUGAGGGUCAAGAUAGCCAUGUAUCGCCACAGAGGUCUGCUUGAGUGCCAGGUGUCACGGCCAAAUGCUCAGGUCAGGUGGUACAAGAACAGGAAGGAACUCCUGCCCAGUAAGAAGUACCAGCUGAUCAGCCAGGAUGUCUACAGGCAGCUCACCAUUGACAACGUCUGCUCCUCAGACGAGGACACCUACACCUGUGAUGCAGGAGAUGACACGACCUCCUGUCAGCUUCUUGUGGAGGAGCAGGCUAUCAAAAUAGUGCGGGGAAUGAGCUCAGUGGAGGUGAUGGAGCCGGAGCCAGCUCUGUUCCAAGUGGAGACCAGCCUGAAAUCAGGAAGGCCCCCUCGCUGGACCCUGAAUGGUGAAGUGUUGGAACCCAGCGGAGCAGUGAACAUUGACAGGGAAGGCACCCUCCACAGCCUCCUGCUCACCUCCACAGAAAGCUCCAUGUCUGGCCCUGUGCUCUUUGUAGCUGGCAAGAGUCGUUCCACUGCUCAGCUUGUUGUCAAGGAGCGUCCACUUCAGGUUACCCAACACUUGGACAAUGUAGAGGUGAAGGAGAACAGCUCAGUGACUCUGAGCUGUAGGUUCGCUCCCUCUCCCAGGGUGGUGCGUUGGUUUAAAGGUCGCACAGCUCUGAAGACCUCCAACAAGUACAGCAUGAGGAGAGAAGGGAAGCGAGCAGAGCUGACCAUUCAUGGCUUGACAGGGAUGGAUGCAGGACAGUACCGCUGCGUGGCAGGAGGUUCACAAAGUACAGCACAUGUUAAUGUAGAAGUAAAAACCCUGAAGUUGGUGAAACACCUUGAACCCGUGGAAAUUGAGGAGGAUGGCAUUGCCACAUUCUCAUGUGAGCUCAACUAUGUGGUAGCCAACGUCGAGUGGCUGGUCAACAACAUUCGCCUCUAUUCUAACGCAAUAAACCGGAUCCAGCACAUGGGCACUAUGCACAGCCUCAUAAUCAAGAAGCUGCGGCCACAGCACAGCAGGGUCACCUUCAAAGCAGGCCUGCUCUCUGAGACAACCACCUUAAAUGUCAAAGAGCGCCCAGUGGUGUUCCUGAGGUCUUUGGAGGAUGUAUCAGGAGAGGAGCAAGGAGAAGUGUGUCUGCAGUGUGAAAUUUCAAAAGAGACUGUGACCCCUGUUUGGAGGAAGGAUGAUAUGGUCCUGACUGCGGAUGAUAAACAUGAAUUACUCCAGUUUGGGAAAUCCAUGGCGCUGAUAAUUCAUUCCCUGAGCAAGGAUGAUGCUGGACAGUACACCUGCGAUUUGGGCACCAGCCAGACGAAGGCGAAAGUAACUGUACAUGACUUACACAUCACGAUAAUUCAGCGUAUGAAGACAACAUCUGUCCUGGAGGGUGAAAGCUGUACUUUUGACUGUCAACUCUCUCAUGAUCUCGAUGAUGAGCCUUCCUGGGUCAUCAAUGGCGAGGCCGUGGUCACAAAUAGCCGUAUCCAGGUUAUCAACAAUGGCCGCAAGUAUCGGUUGACCAUAAGAGAUGCUGUUUUGACUGACGCUGGAGACGUGAUCUUCACCUUGAAAGAUCUUAGCUGUAGGACUAUGCUGUUUGUCAAAGAGAAGCCGGUACAUAUCUUCAGGGAACUGUUGAAUGUCAAGGCGGUGCCGGGCGAAGACGCAGAGCUGAGCUGUGAGAUCACCAAACCAGAUGUUACGAUCCGUUGGCUGAAAAACGGCCAUUUGAUCAGGCAGAGUCCUAAGUAUGAGAUAAGUGUGGAGAAAAACCUGGCACGAUUGUUGAUCAAGAACACCACAAUCAGAGACUCUGGAGAGUACUGCUGUGAGGCUGAAGGUGUGGCUUCACGAGCAAAGCUGGAGGUCAGAGACCUCCAGCACACGUUUGCGCGGGAGUUAAGGGAAACACAAGCAGAGGAAAAGGGUAAAGUGACCCUAGAGUGUGAGACUAGACGGCCAGCCAAACGCGUGACCUGGCUGAAGGGCAUGGUGGAGCUGAGGUCUGGGAGGAAGUAUGUCAUCAGGCAAAAAGGGGUCCUGCUGUCCCUGACCAUCACCUGCCUGGAGAAAUCAGACACAGACAUUUACAUAUGUGAUGUUGGCACCAUGCAAAGCCGGGCACAGCUCACAGUGCAGGGGCAGAAGGUGUUGAUCUUGGAUGAGCUGGAGGAUGUUGAGUGCCUAGAGGGCGACACUGUCACAUUCAGGUGUCGAAUUUGUCCAAGUGACUACAUUGGGAUAAAGUGGUACCUGGACGAGACCCUGUUGUACACCAAUGAGCUCAAUGAGAUCCAGAUGCUGCCUGGAGGCUACCACAGCCUCACAUUUAGACAGCUUGCCCGCAAAGACACCGGCACUAUUUCGUUUGCUGCAGGGGACAAGAGAUCGUAUGCUUCGCUGCUGGUUCGAGAGAGGCGUCCCACCAUCAUUAAAGCACUGGAAGACUGUGAAGCUAUUGAAGGAGGUGGUUUGGUUUUGUCUUGUGUGACCUCCAAGCCGUGUCACAUCCUGUGGUACAAAGAUGGCUGUCUGAUGUGGAAUUCCUCCAGGUAUUUUGCCACUCGUUCUGUCUGCGAGGCCCGACUGACGAUUCGGGAGGUCUGCAAUAAUGAUGCUGGAGUGUAUGAGUGCAGUGCAGGCUCUGUUACAACCAGGGCUGUUGUAACUGUCAAAGCCAUCCCAGCAGAGUUCACCCAGCCUCUAAAGGCCAUGGAUGCCAAAGAGGGGGAGACACUUUUGAAGAACAUGCAAGCAGAGGAGGGAGUCAAUGUCAUAUUGCGCUGUGAACUGUCCAAACCUGGACUUCCAGUAGAAUGGAGGAAGGGACAAGAGCUGUUGAAGAAUGGGGUAAAGCACCAGAUAAAGAAAAGAGAGACCACCCAGGAGCUUCUGAUAUGGAAGCCUUUGCCUGAGGACAGUGGGAUCUACAGCUGUGUGUGUGCUGAUCAGAUGACAUCUUCCACUGUCAAGAUCACUGCUCUUCCAGUCACCUUCAAGCAGAAGCUGAGGAACAUGCAAAUUGAGGAGGGCAACACAGCGACUUUACGCUGCGAGCUGUCCAAACCUGGUCAAAGUGUGGAGUGGAGGAAGUCAGGGAAUGAACUAAUAAGAAAUGGAGAAAAGUAUCAACUGAGGCAGAGAGACAUGCUGAUCGAACUGAGGAUCUAUGAUGUGACACUUGAGGACAGCGAUAUCUACACAUGCAUCUCUCUUCCCAUCACUUUCAAGCAAAAGCUGAAGAACCUCCAAGUGGAAGAGGGCCACAACAUCACAUUGUAUUGUGAGGUAUCUAAACCUGGCGUCCCAGUUGAGUGGAGGCUUGGAGGAGAUCUGUUGGAGAAUGGAGAGAAGUACCAGAUUAAGCAGAGGGACACCAACCUGGAAUUGAUCAUCAGAGAUGCUGAUCCAGAGAAUAGUGGAGUCUACACCUCGGUUCCUGCCACAUUUAAAGUUAGCCUGAAGAGCCAGGAAGCUGAGGAGGGGAAGAGUGUGACAUUACACUGUGAGCUGUCAAAGAAGGGAGUCCCAGUUCAGUGGCAGAGAGCUGCACUUCCUGUGUCAUUCAAACGAGAGAUCCAGAGCAUGGAGGUGAAGGAAGGAGACAGUGGAGUUUUCUCUGUGAGCUCUCCAAACCUGGAGCUCCAGUGGACUGGAGGAAAGGCAGAGCGAUCCUUAAGCCUGGAGAGAAGUUUACCACCAAGUUUUAAGUUGCCACUAACUGACCAGGAGGCGACUGAGGGCAACAGCAUGGUCCUGCACUGUGAGCUCGACAAACCUGCCCUCGCAGUGGAGUGGAGGAGAGGUACAGAGCUGCUGAGAAAUGGAGACAAAUACCAAAUGAGGAAAAAGGACCUGCUGGUGGAAAUGAAGAUAUCAGAGCUCAGUCUGGACGACACUGGAGAUUAUACCUGUAUAUGUGGAGAUCAAAGGACCAAAGCUGUGGUCAAAGUAAAUGAGCGACCAAUCAGAUUUCUUCAGGAACUGAAGAAUAUUCAGGUGCAGGAAGGCAAUGGAGUGGCACUCUGCUGUGAGCUCUCCAAACCCGGCAUUCCAGUUCAGUGGAAGAAAGGAGACAAAGUGCUGACCAAUGGAGAGAAAUACCAGAUGAAACAGAGCGGCUUCACCAUGGAGCUCCUCAUCAGAAAAAGCCAGCCUGAGGACAGUGGCACAUACAGCUGUGUUUGUGAUGACAUAAGGACCGCUGCCACUAUCAUCAUCACCGCAAUCCCUGUAACUUUCAAGCAAAAGUUGAAGAACCAGGAAGCUGUGGAGGAGGGCAGUGUCACACUUCGCUGUGAGCUUUCUAAACCAGGAAUCACAGUCGAGUGGAGGAAAGCUGCUCAACUUCUGAAUGAGGGAGAAAAAUACCAGAUGAAGCAGGAGGGCAGGAUGGCUGAGAUGCUGAUCAGGAAUUUAAGUCUUAAAGAUGCUGGGGAGUUCAGCUGUUUUGUUGGCUCUGUUGUGACAUCAGCUGACAUUAGAGUAAGAGCAAUUCCUGUAACAUUUAAAAAAGAUGUGGAGAAUUUGGAGGUGAAGGAAGGCGACAGUGGAGUUUUCUGCUGUGAGCUCUCCAAACCUGGAGCUCCAGUGGACUGGAGGAAAGGCAGAGUGGUCCUCAAACCCGGAUACAAAUAUGAGAUGAAGCAGGAGGGGCGUCUCACUAAACUGAUCAUUAACAACGUAGAGGAAAGUGAUGCUGGGAAAUAUACCUGCAAGACUGAUGACAGCCAAUCAUCUGCUGAGCUCACUGUCAAAGCUCCUCCCAUCACAUUCAAGACAAAGUUAAAGAGCCAGCAGGUGGAGGAGGAGAACAGCGUGACCAUGAGCUGCGAGCUGUCGAAGCCUGGCCUUUCUGUAGAGUGGAGGAAAGGACAAGAGCCACUGAAGAAUAAUUUCAAGUACCAGAUUAAAAAUCGAAAUUGCAUAAUGGAGCUUACCAUCAAAAACUCACAGCUUGAGGACAGCGGACUUUACAGCUGUAACUAUGGUGAUGUCAAGACCACAGCCAACAUCACCAUUACACCUAUCCCCCUCACCUUCAAAAUGGGUCUGAAGAACCAGGAGGCCCCUGAGGGAGGCAACGUGUCCCUUCGCUGUGAGCUGUCGAGGGCCGGGGUGCCUGUGCACUGGUGGAAGGCGGAGGACCAGCUUUAUCACGGGGGAAGAUAUCAGAUGACGCAGAAAGGGAAUAUAGCUGAGAUGCACAUCAAAAACAUCCAGCCCGAGGAUGUCGGGGAGUACAGCUGUGUCCUGGGAGAGCAGAAGACAACGGCUGAAGUCAACGUGAGAGCGGCAGCAUCGGUGUUCUUUGAGAAGGAAUUGGAAAACCAAGCGGUGAUGGAAGGGAAAUCUGUGUUACUGUCUUGUGAAGUUUCCAGCGCUAAUGUUCCUGUCACUUGGAAGAAGGAUAACACAACGAUAGAGGAAGGAGGGAGAUACAUUUUAAAGAAGAAAGGCCCAACACACACUCUGGAGAUCAAGAAACUGUGUCUGGAGGACGCUGGAGAGUACUGCUGUAUCAGCAGAGGCAAGAAGACAACUUCCAAGCUGAUAGUGAGGGAGCGCGUGCGGAUUGUUACGCUGCUCCACGACAUAACAGUGACGGCGGGUGAGGAUGCAACAUUUGUGUGUGAGCUGAGCCACGCAGAUGUGAGUGAGGGCGUCUGGUGGCUAGGCUCCAGCCCUCUCCAGAAGAAUGAAAUGAACCAGAUGACCUGCCAGGGUCAUCAGCAUCGACUGGUCCUCACCAUGACAACACCUGAGGAGACUGGCACUGUGGCUUUUGUGAUUGGGGAAGAGAGGACCUCUGCAAGUUUGCUAGUUCUACUUAGGCCUAAAGUCUUAUUUGAGGAGAAGCCUCAAGAUGUUGUGAUCAUGGAAGGAGAAACAGCCACUUUGUCCUGCAAGACCUCUGAUUUAACCUCCCUGGUUACCUGGAGGCGCAACCACAUCCCCCUCCGACAUGGAGAUGAGCAAAGCAAUGCCAAACUUACUGUGACAGAACUCCCUCCAUGCUUCUUAGAAGAAUUACAGAGUCUAGAAGUUGAAGAGGGAGGUUCAGCUUCUCUGUACUGUGAGCUUUCUAAACUUGGAGUGCCGAUUCAAUGGAGGAGGAACAGACUGCCAAUAACAGCUAGCAGAAAGUACAAGAUGCAGCAGGAUGGCUGCCUCCUCCAGCUCCUCAUCAAGGAUCUCAAACUUGAGGACAGUGGCAGCUACACAUGUCAAGCAGGAAGUGCGGAGACCACUGCAACUGUUACAGUGAAAGAGCUCCCUCCAUUCUUCAAGAAGGAACUUAGAGGCGUGGAAGUCGAGGAGGGGAGUGCAGCCACCCUGUGCUGUGAGCUGUCAGGUCCUUUUGAAUCGGUGAAAUGGAAGAAGAACAGACUACCCCUGAAGGCUAGCAGGAAGUAUGAAAUGAAACAAGAUGGCUGCCUCAUACAGCUCCACAUCAAGGAUCUCACACCUGAGGACCGUGGAAGCUACACAUGUCAAGCAGGGAGUGCAGAGACGACGGCAAACGUGUCCGUAAAAGAACUCCCUCCAUUCUACAAAAAAGACUUGGAAAGUGUAGAGGCUGAUGAGGGAAGCACUGCCACUCUGAACUGUGAGCUGUCUAAGCCUGGUGUAUCAGUUACCUGGAAGAAGAACAAGCUGCCACUGAGAGCCAACAGGAAGUAUGAGAUGAAGCAGGAUGGCUGCCUCCUCCAGCUGCUCAUAAAGGAUCUUAAACCUGAGGACUCUGGAAACUACACUUGUCAAGCAGGAAGUGCAGAGACCACUGCAACUGUGACAGUGAAAGAGCUUGCACCAUUCUUUAAGAAAGAAUUACAAAGUGUGGAGGUCGAGGAAGAAGGUACAGCCUCUCUGUACUGUGAGCUGUCCAAGCCCGGAGUGUCAGUACAAUGGAAGAAGAAUAAGGUGCCAUUGAGAGCUAACUGGAAGUAUGACAUGAAGCAAGAUGGCUGCCUCAUACAGCUCUGCAUCAAUGAUCUCACACCUGAGGACAGUGGAAGCUACACAUGUCAAGCAGGAAGUGAAGAGACCACUGCAACUGUGAGAGUGAAAGAGCUUCCUCCAUAUUUCAAGGAAGACUUGUGUAGUGUGGAGGUGGAGGAGGGAGGUACAGCCUAUCUGAACUGUGAGCUGUCUAAACCUGGAGUUUCAGUACAAUGGAAGAAGAACAAGCUGCCACUGAGGGCUAACAGGAAGUAUGAGAUGAAGCAAGAAGGCUGCCAUUUCCAGCUGCACAUCAAGGAUCUUAAAUCUGAGGACAGUGGAAACUACACAUGUCAAGCAGGAAGUGUGGAGACUUCUGCCACUUUAUCAGUCAAAGAGCUCGCUCCAUUUUUCAAAGAAGAAUUACAGAGUGUGGAGGCUGAGGAGGGAACUACAGCCUCACUGUGCUGUGAGCUGUCUAAGCCUGGAGUGUCAGUACAAUGGAAGAAGAACAAACUUCCAUUGAGAGCCAUCGGAAAGUAUGAAGUGAAGCAAGAUGGCUGCCUCCUCCAGCUCUACAUCAAGGAGCUCAAACCAGAGGACAGUGGCAGCUACACAUGUCAAGCAGGAAGCGCAGAAACCUCUGCAACUGUAUCAGUAAAAGCAAUACAACUGACUCCUCCAAAGACAGAGUCUCCCACAGUACAGCUUUUGGCAAAAGGCGCCAUUUCAGAGUCAACUCCAUCUCCAGAGGAUGAGAAGCCAAGCAUCCCAGAGGCUAAACCCGUUCCUCCAGAGCCAAAAAAGAGAACAAACAGGAAAGCAUCUAUUACCCCUUUAGACAAAGAUGUAAAAUCACUGUUUGACCUAAAAGAUUCUAUACAGAGGGAGAAUAGCGAAGACCAAAAGGGCAUACAACCUGCAAAGUCUAUGGUGAAAGACGUUGAUGAUGCAUGGAAUGUAACACAACAGGAGAGCAAUAAGGAGAAAGACAAAAGUGUUACUGAAUCUCUGUGGGAGGCCUACAACCUGACGGAGCAGGACGCUCAGAUGAGACUGCAAGAGAGGAGAGCAUCCUCGAUCAUUGCUGCCAGCUCCAUGUCAAGUCCCUCUGAUUAUGAAACGGCUCCGGAUAUAAUGGAACCUGCUGAGACUGGUCCAGUUGUGCCAAGGGAAGUGACAACAGCAGUGGAUCCAGUGCCUCCAAAAGAUGAGGACGAACAGACAAGUCCCCCACAACUUCCUAUGAAGCUAUUGAAAGUAAAAGGGGCUCAUGAAGGUAAAAUGAGGACACCGUCUCCCAAACACCACCGUGCUCACACACCCUUAACAAGUACUGUCUCUGGAUCGGAGUCAGAAGGGGAGGAGGAUAGACGAGAGACAUUUGAAAUGUAUGUAGCUCGAGCAGACUGCAGCCCUGACAGUGGAAACAAGGACAGUUUUGUGUUGAAGGGGGGCCAGUUUGUGGAGGUCCUGGACUCUGUUCAUCCUGAUAGGUGGCUGGUGAGGACUAAACCCACCAAAACUAACCCUGCUCGUCAGGGAUGGGUGUGUCCCGCCUACCUGGAGAAGAAAAGAAAGGAGGCCUUCCCUGCAUUAAGAGCACCACAACAGGAUCUUGAUGGAAUUGGGUCUACAGGAGAAGAGUACAGAAGAGCUCUGAGCCAACUGAUCCAAGGCUUCGUUGAUGGAGAAGAGGAGUUUGUGAAGGAGAUGAAGAUGUUCACCUCUCACCAGCUAAAUGAUUUGGACUCUAGCCGGAACGUCCCCAUAAUCUUGAACCAGAAAGAGAUCAUCUUCAGGAAUAUCAAAGACAUUGUGUUUCUGCAUGAGAAGUGUAUUCUCCCUGGUCUGAGAGCGUGUGUCACAGACGAUGAUGUGGCCAUGCAUCUGAUCAAACACACUGAGGACUUUGAGAAGUACCUACACUACAUGGUGGGACAAGCACAAGCAGAAGCCUGCAUCAAAGACAAGGCCAUCCAGCAGUUUUUUAAAGUACACACAACAUCUGAACCCACUAAGCCCGAGGGUCCAGUCAUGGAUGUUCUGACCUUCCUCCAGCAGCCAGUGGAGAGGAUUCAAACCUACCAGGCUUUACUGAAGGAAUUGGUCAAGAACAAAGCCAAAAGUGGCCAGAGCUGCUGUGUUCUGGAGGAUGCUUCCACUGUGUCCUGUCUACCCUGGAGGUCUGACAACCUGCACCAGGUGUCCCUCAUCGAGAACUACCCAGCUCCUCUAACCACCCUGGGCGAGCCUGUGCGACAGCUGAAUGAUGUGGAAAUUAAGGAGACUGUGGGUGGAGAGGAAAAGUGUUGGGGGUUGUGGCAUGAGCACAGGGGCUCAUUGCGGAAGUACACCCUGCAGGGUCGCUCCUCCCUGAUCAAACUCUCCUGGCUCAAAGAUCUGAGGGAGUUACAACAAAACUCUAGUCUGCCCACUAAUUGCCCACCUGUAUUUCAGUCUCUCUUGUCUGACUGCACGACAAAAAUAGGACAAACAAUCAAACUGACCUGUAAAGUCAAAGGAUCCCCAAAACCAGUGAUUAGCUGGCUCAAAGAUGGCCUGCCCUUAGAAGAUGACCCACGUCACAUCAUCACAGCAGACAGGUCCGGAACCUGCAGUCUCAUCCUGGACAGCCUCACAGCAGAGGACUCUGGACAGUAUGCCUGCUAUGCUUCCAGCUCCAUGGGCAGGGCUGGUACUCUGGCUAAGGUGGUGGUGCAGGCUCCACCUAGAUUUGUGUCUAGGCUGGAGAGUGCCUGUCUGAUAGAUGGAGAAGAUAUACAGUUUAUCUGCUCCACACUUACUACUCCUUUGCCACAGAUCAGGUGGUUUAAAGAUGGCAGAGUGUUGACUGACCAGCAAAAAUACUCCAUCCACAACGAUGCUCGCAGCGGGAUCUUGUGUCUGACGGUCAUCAGUGCAUCAGUGGCAGAUAUUGGACAAUAUGAAUGCGAGCUUUUGAAUGAGUUUGGCUGCGUCAAGUGCAAGGCAGGGCUGUGCCCCGCUUACGUACCGACGAUUGACAUCGAGAACAACCAAGCGCAGGACUUGCCCCCUAAAGGUAUGACUGCCAGGUCUGCUGAAGAACUUCAAAAUGGAAAAUAUACUCAUUCAAAUCUCCUCUCCCAUAAAGUCCUGCUCAGUAUCCUUUUGGUUUUCACAGAUGCAGACUCAGAGGGCUGGUCCACUGCUUUUGUUAAGAAGUGGUUACAGACUGAUUUCAGCCCAACCUCUAUUGCUAAGAUGCUCUUCCCCCCUGAACAAAGUGAACAGGCUGAAUAUAGCACAGAGGAGGCUGUUCCUACCACAACAACAAUGGAUCAGAUGCAACAGCAGCAGCCAAUGUAUUACAUAGAGGAAGAAGAGGAAGAGAUCUUCAUCUCCGAGUCAAUGCAGGAAAUGACAGCUCCACCCUCCAUCCAGGUAUCCUGUGAGGAUGUUUGUGUAGAGCCGGGCAAACCAGCUACGUUUACUGCCAUCAUCACAGGAAGACCUACUCCUACGAUACAGUGGUACAAGGAUGAAGAGGAGCUUGCUGCCAAUGAGAACGUGGAGAUAGUACAGCAUGGUGCCCGCUGUUCAGUGACCAUAACGUGCCCUGAGGGUGAGGACAGUGGUAUCUACACCUGCUUUGCCUACAAUGACUCAGGCCAUGCCUCGUGUGAGGCUGAGCUGAUAGUGGAAGAAGGUCCACUGGAGCGUCAGGAGAGAGAGGUGGAGCUGGGAAAGAGAAGGAAAUUAUUCUCUGUCUAUGAUGUCCAUGAGGAAAUUGGGAGGGGAACCUUCGGCGUAAUAAAGCGUGUAGUCCACAGAAGGACAGGUGACGUGUUCGCUGCCAAGUUUCUGCCUCUGCGCAGCAGCAAUCGGACCAGGGCCUUCCAGGAGAGGGACUUGCUGUCCCGUCUGGCUCACCCCAGGGUGGCUUGCUUGCUGGAUUUCUUUUGCACCAGACGCACGCUUGUGCUCAUCACAGAAAUAUGCUGUUCCCAUGGACUUCUGGACCAUUUGUUACUGAAAGGAUCAGUCUCAGAGAAAGAGGUCCAGUCAUACAUCCAGCAAAUCCUUGAAGGAGUUGGUCACAUUCACAGCAUGAGCAUUUUGCAUCUGGAUAUUAAACCUGAUAAUAUCCUCAUGGUGUAUCCACCCAGAGAUGAAAUCAAGAUCUGUGACUUUGGCUUCUCUCAAGAAAUAGACCCAUCCAGACACCAAUACAGUGUGAUUGGUACACCAGAGUUUGUCGCCCCUGAGAUUGUUCAUCAAGAACCUGUCACUGCGGCCACUGAUAUUUGGUCUGUAGGUGUUGUAGCCUAUAUAAGUCUGGUGGGUCGAUGCCCUUUUAUGGGUGAGACUGACCGCUCUACACUGCUGAGGGUAGGCGAGGGGACCCUAAACUGGGAUGCUCCUGAUGUCACAUAUAGGAGCCCUGAGGCCCAGAACUUUCUCUACCUGCUGCUUCAGCCGGAUCCAGAGAAGCGACCAUCUGCCUUUGAGUGCUUGAGCCAUGAAUGGUUCCAGGAUGAACAUGCUGGUGAAGAUACUGAUGAAAUCAACACAAAGAUUUUGAAAGUCUUCAUCUCUAAAAGGAAAUGGCAGCGCUCUUUGACUUGCAUUGGUUCAGUUCUCACACUGAGGCCCGUCCCUGAGCUGCUGGACGCUCCUCUCAGAGACACAGCCGUCACUGUGCCUCGCGAGCCUCAGGAUCACAGCAGCACCUCUAUGAGCAGCGGCUCCUCCUCAGAGUACGAUGAAGCCGACUCCUGGGACUUUUUCCAGCACUACAGCCAGACUGAGGAGGAGGAAGAAACUGAGGAGGACUAUGAUCCUUUAACAGAGAGAGCACGGAUCCCUGAGCCUUUUGCCAAACCUUACCUUGAUGCAGAGGAAGAAGAGGAAGUGACUCUGGGGGAGGAAGAGGAUGGAGAGAUGCUGGGAAGAAGGAGUGUGCUAGAGCGCAGUGUGAGCAGGCAGUCAGUUGCGUCAUCAGAUGUGUCGUGCCAACAGACACCUCAGAGGGAGCGUAGGUUUAGCAAAGACAGUAGUCCAUCUCUUUACUUAUCUGAUGGGGAUGAGGGCUCAGGGAGUGACGGAGGCCGUAUCCCUCGUGGCAGCCUAAUUCGAAGUACUUUCUACAAUACCUCUCAUCAGCUCUCACCUAUGUCUGCCAGACACAUGACGUUACGGGACAAAUUCCAGGCCAAAAAGCAGGAAAGAGGCCGUAAACCACUCCGGAGAAGCCUUUCAGGACGUCUAAAUGAGCCUCUUAUUGAAUAUGUGGAAGAUGACACAGAGACCAACCGUGGUCAGAGACGGGCUUCUAUUCAAACUACAAUGCAGAAGUCCUGUUCCUUUGACAGCGGUGUUGGCCUUGCCCACACCAAUGUACCACCUCACAGGAGGAGCAGGUCUCUUGACGAGUCUUCUCGUCGAUCUCCUAGCUCACCCUCACGCACAAAGUCUGCUGAGGAGGAAGGCUCUCAGAGUCUGAAGGAAGAUUCAACUGAUAAUGAAGUGGCAGGACGAAACUUGUUGGCCAUCCCGCGUCCUCACCGCCCUGCAAGAAGGAGAGGAUCUGUUGCUCCAUUACAAGCUUCUGGAACUGGCAUUGUGGGUGGAACUACGGCACCCUCAAGCUUCUUUGCUGGAGGCAGAAGGAGUCUAAGGCUGAAUCAGGAGCAGACAGAGGGUGACACACUUGCUGGCUCCCAGGGGUCUCUUGCUGAGUCAUUAAUUUUGGAGCAUGGUGGCUCUGAGUCUUCAAGUCGAGACGGUUCCCAUGAGGAGCUGAGUCAUGGCUAUCUCAGAGGCAAAUACAGAUCAGGAGAGAGCGAUGGGUAUGAUGAUCAGGGGGAGCCUCUCAUUCCACCAUCCCCAUGCUCCUUCCGAGAAGUUAAACCCAGAAGCUCUGCACCCCAGGCACCGCCCCGAAACCGAACCCGCUCCAACCCUAACUUAUCAACAAACAGCAGAACCCAGUCGGGGACACUGCUAACUGCAAGUCCAAGUCCAAGUCUCUCUUCGCUCCAGGCUCCAGAGAGGCCUCCCAGAGCCAGGGACAAAAAGGAAGGCUAUGGCCUCCAGAGGCAUGCAUCUCUUCCAGCACUAGAAGCCAGGCCACCUACGGGAAAGUCACCAAAGCUGGGACUGCUAAAGCUCUUCCGCAGGCAAUCCUGGACUGGCCAUUCAUACUCCCAGCUGGAUAACACAGUGUUAGGACCCACACUAGGAGAGAUCAUGAAGCCAGAUACUCCUACCAUGUCGCUAAGGAAGAAAAUGAGAGCUUCAGCCUCCAGCCUGACCAAGCUGUUUUCAAGGUCUUCUAGUAAAGAGGACGUGAGUAAAGGAGGGCCUAUAGUAAAAGGAUCAUCUCCCAUCCCACCUGAAAGGCACCGAGGCAGUUGUAUAGAGAGUCCAAAAAAGAGGGCCUCUAAACUAUUGCCUUCUUUAAAAAUACCUGCAUUCAUAAAAUCGAAAGACCUGCCAGUCCGUCCAAACAAGGCUGAAGUAUUCCAGUUAGAUGGGGGAGUCCUGCUGGUUUGGAGACCGGUCAAGUCCAAUGACCGAGUCACCUACUGUGUUCAGUACUGUACAGAUGGAGGGGAAUGGACAGUUUUGUCAGAGGAUGUGACUGACAGCUGCUAUGUGGUGAAGGACUUACCCAGAGGAGCUUCUUACGUGUUCAGAAUGGGAUGCAUCACCAAGACAGGAGCAGGACCCUUCAGUGAUGCUUCAGCACCUGUUGUCAUGGCUACACAUCCUGAAGAGACUCACAUUCCUCUGAUCCAGACUGAGUCAUUGGGGUCAAAGGCUGUUGGACCAGGUCAACAAACAACGAAGCACAAGAACUACAAUUUCCUCUCUGAGAUCAACAGAGGUCGUUUCAGCGUCAUAACCCUGUGCAGGGAUUCUGAGACCAGCCAAGUGUUUGCUGCCAAGAUCACUCCUUACCAGGCCGAGCAGAGACAGUUGGUCCUACGGGAAUACCAGCUGCUGAAGAGGCUUCAUCACCCACAUCUGGUGCAGCUGCACACAGCGUACAUCACCUCCCGAUACCUGGUGUUAGUGGAGGAGCUGUGUCCCGGCAAGGAGCUGCUCUACAGUCUGUCAGCAAGAGAUCUGUAUUCAGAGACUCAAGUCGCAGAGCUGCUGGUUCAGAUUCUGAGUGCAGUCGACUACCUUCACAGCCGUCGAGUCAUCCACCUGGACCUGAAGUCUGACAACAUGCUGGUGGAUGAUGGUAACCAUCUGAAGAUAGCUGACUUUGGCUCAGCUCAGUCCUUCACACCGGGUCAGCCUCUUCAAAUCGAGCAUAUUCACGGCUUUUCAGACAACAAAGUUUAUAUUGUCCUUCCUAAAGCUCCGGAAAUCCUGGAAGGUCAGGGUGUCGGGCCAGAGACUGACAUCUGGGCCAUAGGAGUCCUGUCAUUCAUCAUGUUGAGCGCUGACAGCCCGUUUGAUGCAGAGCACAGCUGGGAUCAAGACAAAAACAUCAAGAAAGGGAAGAUCCAGUUUGGACGAUGUUACCCCGGUCUGUCGGAGGGAGCCUUAAACUUCAUGAAAAGCAGCCUGAAUAAUAAAUCCUGGGGGAGGCCCACUGCAGCAGAGUGUCUCCAGAACCCAUGGCUGCGUGCACAUCGUGUCCCACACAAAGCCAGACCCUCCAAAGUGUGUUUUUCCACAGACAAGCUCAAAGAUUACCUCAAGCAGAAGGAGGAGAAGCGGGACGAGGUCCACACCAAGCUCCAGGGUCCUUUCUUCCAGUAAAGACACACUGCAGAGGUUUCUUUUCAGCAGCACAUGAAUGUUUCCUGUAUUACUGUCUUGUUCAAAUCAUUUCAGUAUCCGCUGAGUUUGAAAAGGUGAUCCGUCUUAAUGAGUUUUUGUUUAUUUAUCCAUUAGCUUGUACAUGAGAGUGUGCUGCAUCUGUUGUUCGUUGGCAUAAAUGGAAACAUCAAGGAUACGGUUUAGCCUGAGCAGUGAAUGCAUCAGAUGUAAUAUUUUGAUUUUAGUGACAUAAGAAACUGUUGCUUUCUCCGCAGUAACAGGCGGGCAGAUUUAGCCUUACAGUGAAAAUAGUAUCACUGCUAUUCUUCUUCAUAAGUGAGUGAGUGAGUGAAUGAGUCAUUUAUUAUAAAUACUCUGUGCCAUGUUUUGCCCUAACGCUCUGGGGAAUUACUUAGAUUAAAGAUUCUUUUUGGAAAUGUGUUAUUCUUAAAAUUGGAAAGAUUUAGAAAAUAAAAAGAGACA